AUUUUUGACCAUUGUUUGCCUUGGAGUUUGCUGAGGAACGCCCUCUUGGCAAGUCUGGCUUACAGUGGCUCAAGAUACAUAUGGCGAAUUUGUAUGCUGGUGGUGUGGACAAGUUUUCCUACGAGGGUCGAAUUACAUUUACUGAGAAUCAUUUGGAUGAUAUCUUCGAUUCAGCAGACAGACCUCUCGAAGGAAGGCACUGGUGGUUGGGUGCAGAGGAUCCGUUUCAAUGCUUAGCAACAUGUAUUAAUCUUGCUGAAGCAUUGAGAAGCUCCUCUCCAGAGACUACUAUUUCGUACAUGCCUGUCCACCAGGAUGGUUCAUGUAAUGGCCUACAACACUACGCUGCCCUUGGGAGGGAUAAGUUAGGAGCAACUGCGGUCAAUCUUGUUGCAGGAGAGAAGCCUGCAGAUGUUUACUCGGGAAUUGCUGCUAGAGUUCUUGAUAUUACGCGGAGAGAUGCAAAAAAAGAUCCCGCAACUGAUCCGAAUGCAUCGCGUGCUAGGCUUUUAAUUAAUCAGGUAUAUAGGAAAUUGGUUAAGCAAAUGGUGAUGACAUCAGUGUAUGGUGUGACUUAUAUUGGUGCCCAUGACCAAAUCAAGAAGAGGCUAAAAGACCGUUGUGCCAUUGAAGACGAUGAUGAGUUGUUUGCAGCAUCUUGUUAUGCAGCAAAAAUAAACCACCUUGAUUGCAUUGGGUGAGAUGUUUUAAGCUGCACGAAGUAUCAUGAGUUGGCUCGGUGACUGCAAAGGUCUGUUCAAUUUAAUUUCUGAUGUUUUGCUUAGUAAAAGAGAUAUUUACAGAUUGUGACCAUCAAUAGCUGUGAAGCUAAUCUGUGUGUGCAAAAAUCGAUUUAAAUAUGUUACAUGACGAUUGCGUUGUGGUGGUUGUCCGAUAGGUAAAAACAAAAUAACAAUGCAUGUGAUAGGAAAAUGCUGUUAAGUGUUGAGUACUGUUAUGUUUUUGCUGCAGUCACAAGUCACCCCAUGCAAUCAGUUUGCUGCCCAUUCUGUUUUUGUUGUACUCGUACUCUAAUAAAUUAUGAAUUUAAGUUCAUAUAUGGUCAUGUUUUUCGGUUAUGUAAUUUUAUUAAGUUCAGGUGUCACAUAUACUCUAGAAAUCUGAACUACAUGUUUGCCUAUCCAAUUUAAUGGAUGAUGAAGUUCUGGUGAUGACUGCAAACCGGUGUCAGUAUGGACUUGUGUGGUGUGCGAGCAUGUGUAAGUGGGAGCUUGUGUGGUAUGUUACGUGUGUAUCAUAAACAUCCUCUAUACCAUUCUCUCUUGUACUAUUUUUAUAUAGACUCACGUACUGGUGUUUGGUUUGAGUUUGUGUCUAAGUGUCUGAUUAGUCUAAUUCAAUGUUCAAGGACUUGGUCAUUUUGUGUAUAGAAAUUAGAGACUGGUACUCUCUUCUCAAGGUAAUCACCUAUUCAUUCUUUUCAUUUCCAUGAUAUCAUAUGCACAAUGGACCAUCCAUUAUCAUAUAUAUAUGCCCAUUCACAAUUUACAAAGAAAUCAUGAAUAAAAAUUGGUUUUGGUUUUGGUUUUGAGAGAGCAAUCUUUUUAAGAGACUGCCUGUGAAUCAUCUCCUUC